GUGCAGAGGAUGUGCGCGGCGAGGCGGAUGCUGCUGCUGCUGCUGGCGUUCCUGGCCUACGCGCUGGAUUCGGCUGCGGCGUACGGCACGGCGGAGACCCUCUGUGGCGGGGAGCUGGUGGACACGCUGCAGUUCGUCUGCGGGGACAGGGGCUUCUAUUUCA